CCCACUCGCUCUCGCGGGCGAGUCUCGGAGAAAGGAAGUGGCUCUCACGUAUUUUUCGUUUGCGCGAGGAUUAGAAAUGGAGCGAGCGGUUCGCCUCUCUUCGUCAGUAUUUCGUCCAGGUGCUAGAUGUUGAGUUUGAAGGCAAUACGGCAUGCUGAAAGGCAUCUGCCUCUUUCACAAUGAGUGUCACAGAUGGCGAGCGGGCAGCUAGCCAAGAUGGAAAAUCCUAUGUGCUCCAGAUCUACGCCCGCUUGUCACUGGACACAGCACCAUGCUGCACCCUCAGGGUCCACAAAGAGGUCACAGCAGCAGCAGUGGUGAAGGAUGCUGCUGCCACCUUGGGCCUGGAUACCUCCAAGUUCUAUGUGCUGGCUGAAGUAAAGGAGUGUGGUGGGGAGGAGUGGAUCCUGGAGGCCAGCGACCUACCUGUGCAGCGUGUUCUGCUGUGGCCCAGGAAAGCACAGGAGCAGCACCCCCAAAGUGAGGGCUUCUACUUUCUACUGCAACAACGCAACGAGGAUGGCUCCAUCCACUAUGUCCACCUGUCAAACCUCAGUGAAGAGAGGGAGGUCCAGAGGCUGGCAGCCCGUGGCUUCCUCCCACCUCAACAGGAGGACUUUGACGACCUUUGCAACCUCCCCCGUUUGACUGUCUCCAGCAUCCUGGACAACCUACGCAAUCGCUUUCAAAAGAAGAAAAUCUAUACUUACGCUGGCAGUAUCCUUAUUGCCAUCAAUCCUUUCAAGUUCCUUCCAAUCUACAACCCAAAGUAUGUCAAGAUGUAUGAGAACCACCAGCUGGGCAAGCUGGAGCCACAUAUCUUUGCUAUUGCAGAUGUGGCUUACUAUGCUAUGCUGCGCAAGGGCAUGAAUCAGUGCAUCGUAAUAUCUGGGGAGAGCGGCUCAGGCAAAACGCAAAGCACCAACUUCCUCAUCCAUUGCUUGACUGCACUCAGCCAGAAGGGUUAUGCCAGUGGGGUGGAAAGGACUAUCUUGGGAGCAGGUCCUGUUUUGGAGGCAUUUGGCAACGCAAAGACUGCACACAACAAUAACUCUAGCCGGUUUGGGAAAUUCAUCCAGGUCAACUACCUGGAGAGUGGCAUUGUCAGAGGGGCUGUUGUUGAAAAGUACCUCCUGGAGAAGUCUCGCCUAGUCUCCAGAGAGAAAAAUGAAAGGAACUACCAUGUGUUUUACUACCUGCUGGUGGGAGCAUCAGAAGAUGAGCGUAAGGAAUUCAAGCUUCUACAGCCAGAAGAUUACUUCUACCUCAAACAGCAAAACUUUAAGAUAGAAGAUGAAGAGGACCUUCGGCAUGACUUUGAAAGGCUGCAGCAGGCUAUGGAGAUGGUGGGCUUCCUGCCUGCCACAAAGAAGCAGAUUUUCUCUGUACUCUCGGCCAUCCUGUACCUGGGGAACGUGACAUACAGACGCAAGUCAACAGGCAGAGAGGAGGGCCUAGAUGUUGGGCCUCCUGAGGUUCUCACAACUCUGUCAGAUCUGCUCAAGGUUAAGGAGGAAGAGCUGGUAGAGGCAUUAACGAAAAGAAAGACUGUAACAGCUAAUGACAAGCUCAUUCUGCCCUACAGUCAUAGUGAGGCUAUUACAGCACGUGACUCCAUGGCCAAGUCUCUCUAUAGUGCCUUGUUCGACUGGAUUGUCCUCCGCAUCAAUCAUGCACUCCUGAAUAAAAAAGACAUGGAGGAAUCUGUCAAGUGUUUGUCUAUAGGUGUGCUUGAUAUAUUUGGGUUUGAGGACUUUGAGACGAACAGUUUCGAGCAGUUUUGCAUCAACUAUGCCAACGAGCAGCUUCAUUAUUACUUUAACCAGCAUAUCUUCAAAUUGGAGCAGGAGGAGUACAAGGCAGAGGGCAUCACUUGGCAUAACAUUGACUACACAGACAAUGUGGGCUGCAUACACCUGAUAAGCAAGAAGCCUACUGGAUUGUUCUUCUUGCUGGAUGAGGAGAGCAACUUCCCUCAUGCCACAGACAAAACCCUGUUGGCCAAGUUCAAGCAGCAGCAUCAGGGUAACAAGUAUUUUGUUCCCACACCAGUGCUGGAGCCUGCAUUUGUUAUCCAGCACUUUGCUGGAAAUGUGAAAUACCACAUCAAGGAUUUCCGGGAGAAGAACACAGACCACAUGAGACCUGACAUUGUGGCACUGCUUCGUAGCAGUGAACGGGCAUAUGUGCGUGAGCUGGUUGGGAUGGACCCAGUAGCCAUGUUCCGUUGGGCCAUCCUCCGUGCCACUAUUCGUGGCAUGGCCGCCUUCAACGAAGCUGGGCGCCAAUGGGCAGCUAAAACGGCAGGUGUGGUCAGGGGCGUUUCAAGGUCUCCUCUAACAGAGCUGCAGCGGUCCAACACCGUGGUGGAGAAGAUAUAUCGCCGUUCCCCUUUUCUCGAUUUCUCCUUUGAUUACUCAGAGGAGCGCCCUCUAGAGGCCUUUGAAGACAUCUUUGUUUGCUAUGAGAGUAAGAAAGACAUGCAUGCCCAAAUCAUCAACUCCAUAAAGGACUUACAGUUGGAUGGUGAAGACCCUCGCAAGCUGCUGCAAUCGUGGGGUCGUCUCCGGUAUCCUCGCCACCUUCUUCAGAAAAAUAAAAACACCAAACAAAAGCAGAUCAUUCCAAAGUCCCUCAUUGAUUCCCGUUCCCUUAAGUUCAUAGUGGGCCUCACUCUGUAUGACCGCACCACCAAAUCUCUGCUGCACCUGCACAAGAAGAAGAAGCCACCCAGCAUCAGUGCCCAGUUCCAGACAUCCCUGAGCAAACUGCUGGAGACUCUGGGCAAAGCGGAGCCCUUUUUUAUCCGCUGCAUUCGUUCAAAUGCUGAGAAGAGGGAGAUGUGUUUCGAUGAGUCCUUGGUUCUCCAGCAGCUGCGAUACACAGGCAUGUUGGAAACAGUGCGCAUCCGGAGGUCUGGCUAUAGUGCCAAGUAUACCUUCCAGGAGUUCAUUGAGCAUUUCCGCGUGCUGUUACCAAAGAAUGCCACAGCCUCACAAGAUGAUGUGUCUGCUCUCCUGCAGAAGACAGUAAAAGACAACACUAUGUAUCAAAUUGGCAAAUCCAAGGUAUUCUUAAAGGAGCUGGUCCGCCAACAGCUGCAGGACACCCUCCAUAAAGAUGUCAUGUGUAAGAUUAUAUUCCUGCAGCGCUGGUUCCGUGCCAAACUUGAGAGGAAGCAUUUCCUGAGCAUGAGGAAGGCUGCCAUCAUCAUCCAGAGGUUCUGGCGACGCAGUCAGGAGAGUCGCUGUAAGGCUGCUAUAGUGAUUCAGGCUGCAUGGCGGGCGUUUCAGCAACGAGCCCUGUACCUCCAACAGCAAGCCUGUAUUAAGAAGAUACAGGCAUUAGUGAGAGGAAAUUUAGCCAGAAGGAGGGUUCAGGCCAUGCAGGAGGAAAAGAGGCAAUUGGAAGAAGCAAAGAGGGCAGAGGAAGAACUGCGGCAGAGGGAACUUGAUGCACUACAAAAGAAGCUGGAAGAAGAGAUACGGCAGAGAGAACUUGAAGCACAGCAGAAGCUGCAGGAGGUGUCAAAGAGGAGAGAAGUUGAAGCACAGCAGAAGCUGGAAGAAGAGACACGGCAGAGAGAACUUGCAGCACAGCAGCGGUAUCUCAAGAAGGAUGAGGCUCAGCAGGAGGAUGAGGCAAGACACACUAAGCUGGAGGGGGAACGGAAUGAAGAAGGAAAACCAGAGCCUGAGUCAGAGUUGGAAGAGGUGCAUGUUCAGCCAAAGCCUGAUGAUGAGAACAAGGAAGCUGAGAUUAGGCAUGGUGGUUCAGUUCCUGCUGCAGCAGUAUAUGAGAAAGUUGGAGAGAUCCAAGCUGCUGAGAGCUAUAGUCUAAAUAAGGAGUGUAAGGAAAAUGAAGCUGCUGAACUCCCCUGUGAGAAGCCAACUAUGGCCAGUCUCAGUCAAUCUGAGGAAGAGCUGAAUGAACCCAAGAGAAGUUUUGUUUCCCAACCUGAGGAGAAACCCCGCCCUUUGCCACUACACAGAACUACUGGGUCCAGGAGCCAAGAAAAGAGAGAGCAGAGACGACAGCGUGGCCUGGAGCACAGCAAGCGAGAGUGCCAGCGGGCUGCCUCUGCCAGCAAAGAAGAACCAACACCAAAAGUCAAAGGUCAGGAUGCAGUCACUGGGCCGGAAGCCAGGCAGAAGGAGCGUGCUGACAGCAAGGAGCUUGACCAAUACACCUUUGUGGCCUGGAAGAUGAAGGAAGAGAAAGGGAAAAAGGAGGUUAAAGCAUCUGCUUCACCUCCGAGCCGUCCCAGCAGCCUUCCCCUUCGCACCUCUGUGCACAAGCCCAGCCGCAACGGGUUUGAAGAGUCCCCGUGCGCAAAACACAGCGAGCAGGACAUUGUAAAGGAGAAGGCUGAGAAGUGGAAGGAGAAAAGUAGCGAGGGAGGACACCCAGACAUCAGCAGCCCUGAAGCCGAUACCUGUGAUAACAGAGGGACAGCAACUUCAUUGAAUCUGGGAUUUUCAGUUUCAGUGGAAAAUCUGACAAAGUUAAACUCUGGAUCUAAUGCCUCUAGUGCCUUCCCAUCACAGAAAGAGGUUCAGUCCCCUAUAGAGACUGCAUGUGAGGUUUCCAAGAUGAACAGCCUGAGGAGGAAGAACAACGACAGCUCAGGUCACCCAGAUGUCAUCCAUCUGGCACCAUCAACUCCUGAGAAGCCAGGAUUCUUGAGAAAGAUCCUAAAGAAGCGUCCUCAUAAGGAAGCACAGACACCAGACGAUGGAGAGCUGACUGUGACACAACUACUAAUCGACAAAGGACACGAAGCUUUCCCUGCAUCUCACCAGUCACGGCCUCAGCAACAUGCGUCAACGUCUGGCAGUCGGGGCCGACAGAAUCCUCCCAUCAAGAUUAGCCGUGCUACUCGGGUCUCUGGACAGUGGCACACUUCCUUGGAUCGCAAAAUCAGCAACGCCAAUGAAUUGCGACAGCUCGACGAGUUCCUUGGCAAUCAGGUGAAUGACUUGCGUUCCAGUGGAAAGAAUCUCUCAGGAACAGAACAGAUCUUCAUCUCUGCUACCAUGCAAUUCAGGGAAACCAUCAAGAGCAUGUAUUCUCUCCCGAAACCCCAGAUUGGCUACAAAGCGCUAAUGACAAACUACCAGAACAUGGUCGUCACCCUGGCUGGAGAGAAGCAGAAAUCCGAAGUCCAGCUUGUAGUCAAUCUUUUCCAGUCCGUUCUUGAUAUAUUCAUCCGAUUAGAGAUCAAGAAGGAGGAGGCAGAGCCGGUGAAGCUCACAAAAGCAAGGAAGAAGAGAAGGAAAAAAGAGAAGUCACUGGAAAGUCCCCUGGACCACAUGUUUGAUACCUACCAGGUGAACAUCAUGCAGUCCUGUGAUCAGUGCUCCUCAUACAUCUGGGGCAUGGAGACAGCCUACAUGUGCUCGUCUUGCAAAAUGGUGUGUCACAAGAAGUGCAUUUCCAAGAUUGUCACAGACUGUUACACAUUUGGUGCUAAGAAGACAGAAGAGGAGCCUGGGUCCCAGAAUUUUGGGGUACGUGUGUGCGCUCUCAUCAGUGACAAGAACCCUGUGCCCAUUGUCUUGGAGAUGAUGCUUGAGCACGUGGAGAUGAACGGCCUGUACACAGAGGGCAUAUACCGCAAAUCAGGUGCUGCCAACCGCAUGAAAGAACUUCGCCAGCUGCUGGAGACAGAGCCUGGGACAGUGUGCCUGGAGGACUAUCCCAUCCACACUGUCACAGGGCUGGUCAAGCAGUGGUUACGGGAGCUUCCAGACCCUCUCAUGACGUUCACACAUUACAGUGAAUUCAUCCGAGCUGUGGAACUACCUGAGAAGCUGGAACAGCUGCAUGCCAUUUACAAAGUAUUGGAACAACUUCCUGCUGCACACUUCAACACAUUGGAACGACUUGUCUACCACCUUGUCAAAGUAGCCAAAGAGGAAGCACACAACCGCAUGUCCCCCAAUGCCCUGGCCAUUGUCUUUGCCCCUUGCAUCCUACGCUGUCCUGACACUGCAGACCCCCUCAUGAGCAUGAAGGAUGUAGCCAAGACAACAAUGUGUGUGGAAAUGCUAAUCAAUGAGCAGACAAGGCGGUACAAUGAGAAGAUGGAGGAGAUCGUGCAGCUGGAAUUUGCAGAGGAGUUGGCGGUCAACCAGCUGCAGAUCAGGAGGCAGAACACGCGCUGCUAUUUGCCCCUCAGGUUUUCCUCUCCUUGCAAAGGAGUGGUGAUUCGUGAGAAAGCGCCCUCGCACUUGAGUGCUGUCUGUGAGGAGCAGCCAACAGACUUGGACAGAGAAGCAGAGAAGAGCCUUCUUGAGCGCAUAAAGUCCAUCAAGCAGGAAAAGGUAGACCUGGCCUGCCGGCUGCCUGAGUUGGAGCAGCCUGGUUCGGACCAGGAAAACCUGGACUCCGAGGCAUCAGUGAGUUCCGAGAGCCUGCUGGAAGACCGGCCUAGUAACUCGGACACCGAAGGGAAGGGGAGCAUGGUGCACAAGAGAGCAAAGCCCUCCUGCACGCAGAGGUCUGCCGACCUGACCCAGCGGCCCACAACAGCGUCAAGCCCGCAGGCUGCGCACUCCGCCCUUUACUCAACCCGGCUGCAGCUGGAACGUCGCAACCCUGUCAUCCCUAGUACGGUCCGACUGCCCCCUGGUGUGUUCUCACGGACAGCCUCACAUGCGCUGCCAACCAGCACCGCCCAGGCCCUGUUGCAUCUGCGCAGGCGUGAUCCGCCAUCGCGGCGCAAAGACAGUACGCAGUCCCUGUACAUUGCCCCUGGCCUGGAGCCCUUUCCAGUCAGCCUUUCUUCAUCCACUCCCAACAACUUUCAACCUAUUCCCCAGGUGACGAGACGCUUCUCGGACCCUGACAUCCCACACACGUCCGAAAAUGUGUGACGCAACGGGGAGCAAGUGCUGCCAGGAAACUUACUGUUAACAUGAGAACUGCUACUGGAUAGCUGACCCUCUGUUAUAAUAAUAGUGAAAUGUCUCACAAAGCACUUUUUCUUUUUUUUAAUCUAUUGAUUUACGUCAGAAAUCGGUGAAAGAAAUGGUGCUGCAUUUUCCGCAGUUACUGGGAUACUGACGCAGACCAAUGGUUUUUUUUUUUUCCUGUUUUUAGACUUUUUAAAAGUGGCUGUUCUCUACAAGGGACUACCCGAGGCGAGUUUUAUUGCACGUUGUUGCACCUUUCCAUUAUUCACAUUUGGCUCUGUGUCAGGGCAGCAAAAUGUUCUCAGUUUUAUCAACUGUGCCUUAUUUUAAAGGAGGAAAAACAAUUGAUACUGUACAUAUUAUAUCCAGAGGUCCUGUGUUAAAUGUCCUGUUUUACUAUCCCUACAGGUCAUUAAAUUUUACCUGCUUUUUUUGGACUCAUAAGCAACGGAUCAUCCUAACCCAUAUCCUGUUUCCAGCCGACCGUAAAGAUGUUUCUGAAGGAAAAACACAAGCAGUGUGAUCGUUCCGCUGCGUCUUCAGUGGGGAUCAAGUCAUUUUACAUGAAGUGUCCCCUUUCUGCUUGUGGCUUAAAGGGCACCUCUUUGUUUCCUGCCUGUCCAACCAUAUGUCUGAGGGAAUAUGAGGAAUCUGAGGGCCGUAGGAGGAAGCCAUUGUGCUUAAAACGCAAUACUAAUGUCAUUUGAAAGAACAUGAAUCUUAAUUGAUCUGUUGGGUCAUUGCUAUGCCAAAAGUGUACUUCUGCCAUUUGAACACUUAAGCAAUUAAGCACAGAUGCUUUGAAACGCUUGCCAUUUCUCACUUGGACACUUGUCUAACUUGCAUGAGUAUUACUUGACAGUUUAGGUCAGCAGGCAUGGAAUUGAACGUUUGCCACGUAUUCCUGCCUGUGUGUUGAGAAGUUGGUGCCAGUGAUUGCGUGGCAUGUAUGUUCUCCCAUUUACACUACUGUGGAUGCUGUUACACACUGCAUUGAAGCAACUUGCCAGUAGCACUCCUUAGUUUCACAUGGAGAUUUUUUUUUUUUUUUUUUUUUUUUUAAUACCAGCUCCUUACUGCGGGCAUAGUAUGUGCCUUUAAAAUUAAGUACGAUAACGUAUCAUUCAUUACUUGUGCUUUGACCCUGCAAUAGACCUUUUUAUUUCAUAUUCAUAAUGCACUUCACGAUCCCCUCUUUGAAAUGUGUGGUGGCUCACUUUUAGUUGUAUCCAAGUCUUUGCUGUUCCUUUGCUCGAGUUCUAGAGAAUCUAGAAUUGAGCUGAAAAGCACCAUCUCCGCAGCCACUUGAAUGAACACUUUUUCUGCAUUUCUGUUGGAAUUACUAGGCUUUUGUCUUGAGUAAUUUUAAUAGACCAAAACAUAAAUUUAACAACGUCAAAGGAUUGAGUCAGCUGAUAAGUGCCUCAAUGCAAUCCUGCACUUUUUUGUAAUUUUGGGGAGGACUAACUUUUUGCAUUUUUGUCUCUGGGGCAUGUCAGAUUGUAAAGUUUUGAUUAUGGGGGUUUGUUGUGCAGAACCAACAGGCACUAUUAACAGGGCAGAUCUGGUUCACAACAUGACUGCUUAGGAGAACCUCUUCCACUGUGCUUUGCAAGAGGUGUUAACAUACUUUAACAUCCUUUUUUUUUUUUUUUUUUUUUAGUUCAUGGCUA